AUGGCGGCCACCACAAGGCAAGAAUUCACCGCCUUCUACCUACAACGUACCACCCAGGAAUUCGCAGAAGAUCUUGACAAGGUCCGCGCAGCAGACGACUUCAAGGCUGAUUCAGUGCCCUUCCUGGUCCACGCCCUGCAGCAGGGCACCGAGCUGUACUCCGCCCGGGACCAGGAGCGGGUCGUGAGGCCUGCCGCUGCCAAAAUGGCUGCCGCGGAUGAGGAUGUCGACAUGGUGGAGCCAACGGCAGUGGCCAACGACGAGGAGGAGCAGAACGCCGACGCCGUCGCGAUCGGUAAAAAGGAAAAAACGGACAAGAAAGAGAGAAAGGAGAAGUGCAAGAAGAAGAAAAAGACGACAUCCGGUUGA